GUGGGGGCUCGGGACGGGAGCCUUUGAAACCCACAUCGGCUCUGCGCAGACAUGCAAGGGUGCCCCGGGCCUUCACCCAAGCAAGGGGUCGCCGGGCACCCAGUACUGCAGCCGCUGCUUCCCUGAGUGGACCCUGCUCCAGGUCCCAGCACUGCCGCUCUGAGCACCAGCCGCAUUCCGUCUGUCUCUGUGGGGAGCCGCAGGCCAUGUGGGGCUGGGCAUGGGAGUGGGCCUUGGUCAUGGCCCUCCUCUGGCCGCAGCUUCUGCUCUUUGGGGGUGUCGGGGCCCGACGGGAGCCUAAGCGGCCACGGCAGCCCAACCAGCACACCAUGCCCUUCAACGCCACCCUCCCCAACAGCCAGGAGCCGCUCAGCUCUCCCAAGCCACCUGGGACCUCGGGGCCUGAGUUCUCAGACGCCCACAUGACAUGGCUCAACUUUGUGCGCCGGCCUGAUGAUGGAGCCUCGAAGAAACGAUGCCGUGCCCGGGACAAGAAGUCGCGAGGCCUCUCGGGACCCCCAGGGCCUCCUGGGCCCCCUGGCCCUCCAGGGCCCCCAGGUGCCGAAAUCACCCAGGAAGCCCUUCUUCAGGAGUUUCAGGAGAUGCUGCAAGAGGCCACAGAGCGCCGCUUUUUGGGGUUGCUGGGCCCACUGCUACCCGAGGGGCCAGGCAGGCGACUGGUCACCGAAGCCUUUCACUGCCAGCUGAGGGGCCCUGUGUUGGUGGACAAGAAGACGCUGGUGGAGCUACAGGGCUUCCAGGCACCUGCAGCCCAGGGUGCCUUCCUGCGGGGCUCGGGUCUGAGCCUGGCUUCAGGGCGCUUCACGGCCCCUGUGUCUGCUAUCUUCCAGUUCUCUGCCAGCCUGCACGUGGACCUCAGUGAGGUGAGGGGCAAGCCCCAGCUACGGGCUCGGGACACGGUCCGUGUCCUCAUCUGCAUCGAGUCCCUGUGCCACCGUCACGUGUCCCUGGAGGCCAUCUCGGGUCUCGAGAGCAACAGCAGAGUCCUGACGGUGCAGGUGCAGGGGCUACUGCAGCUGCAGACUGGGCAGUCCGCCUCUGUCUUCGUGGACAACGGCUCCGGCGCUGCCCUCACCAUCCAGGGCAGCUCCAGCUUCUCCGGCCUGCUGUUGGGCGUGUGACACCAGGAGGAGGAGCGCUGCCCCGGUGUCCUCCGUCCUUACCCGUGGUCCUGACAAUAAAAAGUGGGCGACGGAGCCCCAUCAUCCUCA